AUGGCAACUUACUACAACAAGAACAAUGUUGAUGUUGAGAUGGGCAACAAUGGGCAGUUGUACCCCGGGAUGUCGGAAAAUCCUCAGAUGAGAUGGGCAUUCAUACGUAAAGUUUAUUCUAUCCUUUGCAUACAGUUCCUUCUUACGUUUGGAGUUGCCAUGGCCAUGUUUCUAAUCCAACCGGUUCGAACGUUCAUGCGUACUCCACCCGGGAUCAUUGUCUUCGUUGCCAUCUUGAUCGUCACCUUUAUACUGUGCAUGAUGAUGCAUUGCUUUAGCCAGAAACAUCCAUGGAACAUCAUCCUUUUGUUUCUCUUCACUUUGGCAAUGGCUUGUCUGGUUGGAGCUUCUUCUACUCUACGGAAAGGUGAAACCGUGCUACUGGCAGCCGGUCUAACGUUAGUCAUAACCAUCGGCCUCACUCUCUUCACAUUCAUUGCGGCCAAACGAGGGGUCGACUUUAGCUUUCUUGGGCCUUUUCUAUUUUGUGCUCUCUUGCUCCUUUUCGCCUUUGCUAUUAUCCGGAUCAUAUUUCCUAUGGGAAGAUUAGGGGAGCAAGUGAUCGGGUGCAUUGGGGCGCUCGUGUUCUCGGGUUUCAUCAUAUACGAUACGGAUAAUGUGAUCAAGCGGUUCACGUACGAUCAAUACAUUGAAGCUGCAGCUUGUCUGUUUCUUGAUAUAAUCAACCUUUUCUUGAGUCUUCUUGCUAUUUUGGGUGGCGACGACUGA